AAAAACGAAGAUGGCGAAGUGGACGAUGGGUGUGUGAUCGAGUCGCGCUGUCGUUCCGUGAAGAAAAAACUGGUAAAUUGCUGGGAAUAAAAGUCGCCACUAACAAAGAAAAGUGCCCCAGUCGUCGUGGAUUCACGUCACGCCAAUUGAGUACGGGUCUAGUGUAGUUUUCCUUAGUUUUUCUCCGAAACAUAAUUUUCCGCAGCAUCUCUGGUGACCGUGUCGUCGACAUCGUACGAGGUUCAGGUCAUUUGAGUUUCCUUGGUCGGCCCGCGGCCAGUUUGACUUGUUUCGCGUUCUGGUGGCCCGCGGCGACCGCUUUAGCCGCCGCAGCGUUCUCUCGGGGCCACGGUGCCAGUGGGAUUUGGUGAAAAUUGUGCGAAUUGCGAAAAAGGGUGGAACUGAAGGAGGUCGUGGAAAAAGGGAAAACAUUUUUCGCCCAAUUGUGCUGGUCGGGGAAGGGACGAGAACAGAAGUCCGUGCUGGAGUAAAGGAGGGGGAGAUUCGCGGAGAAGUGAGUGGAGUGUUUGGGAGAGGCAAGUCUGACGGAGAGCGAAGCAUUGCCACACCGAAUGUUUUAUCUGUGUCUCAGUUUGGCUUGUGCAGUGUCCGGUUGUCUUGUCUCGCUUGCACAGUGCUCGCGCGCCAUGUGAUUAGGUUUCGUGUCGUUUUCGCCGCUGUCAUUGUUUUGUUCGCCGCAGGGUGGAAGUCGGAAGCAGUUCAGUCGAAGGAAUUUGCCAAUAACUUUGGGAAGACGAUGCUUGGAUACAUUAAUCUGAUUUAGCUGUCAAUGUAUCCUUGAAAGUCGGACAACGAAAUUCUGGAAUCAAUGUAAUGCUACCAUGUACGAGCUUGCUACGUGACCUUUGAUUUAUGGGAAGGAUUUCGACAUCGAUCAAUUACUUUAGCAGUCACAUCUGUACCAAAGAAUAUAGCCUGACAUGAAAACCUGCUUCGGUUCACUUUGAAAGUAAAACGUUACAAGGGCUAAGUGAGGCUGUGGCAAGGAUGCAGAUGAUGCACGACAAAACUUUUUAAAGUGUUCUUCCAAUUUUUAUUUUAACUUCGUUGUCGUCUUCUUUCGCAUUUUGUCUCAAUCGCUUGAGUUCCAUUCGAAUAAAAUAACUUUUACUGCAAUAUCGCUGUCAAGAAGAUGAUGAAAGCUCCAGCAAAAGGAAAGUACCAAGAUUGAGAAAAUCGAUUGUAAUCGAAUUCGUCGUUCAAGAUAUAUUAUUGAGUUCGGAUGCGGUGAAGAGUUGUUCUGCCUUGAUUAUGCUACACAUGUUGCUGUGACGUUGCUAGGAACCAAAAGGACGAGAAUAAAGGUGAACUCAGUUCGUCGGAGUAUUCGUGCAGUGAAAACGCGUUCAUAAAAGCGCGUACUGAAAGGAGCGUGAAUUGGAAAAGCGUGUGUUCUAUUGUGGUGAUCCGUUUGAAAUAGUAUGUCCUUAGACAACAUGGGGCCAUCAACAGGCGGCGGAAGCGCAACAAUACCUGGUGGUCGAAUGACGCACUCAUUGAGCACCCCUUCGGGCGUUGAUGGCACUCCAUCAACACCACACCAUCGUGGCGGCAAAAAGUUGGCUGUGCGAAUCCAAAUGUUGGACGAUUCGGUGACAAUGUUUCAAGUUCAAGCGAAAGCGCUUGGUAAAGUGCUUUUCGAGCAAGUCUGCCGGCAAUUAAAUCUCCUAGAAGCUGACUAUUUCGGGCUCGAAUAUCAAGAGCCAUCGACACAUACGAAAUACUGGUUGGAUUUGGAGAAACCUCUUAAUCGUCAAGUAGGGCUAUCACUCAUCGAUCCAGUGCUGAAAUUUUGUGUGAAAUUUUACACCCCAGAUCCUACACAGUUGGAAGAGGAGUAUACGAGAUAUCUGUUUUGUUUACAAAUCAAACGAGAUCUAGCUACGGGCAGUCUACAAUGCAACGACAACACAGCUGCCUUAAUGGCAAGUUACAUUGUGCAGGCUUCUUGCGGGGACUACGUGGCCGAAGACUAUCCAGAUCACACAUAUUUGUCAUCAUAUCGUUUUGUGCCACAUCAGGAUGCCAUCAUGCAAAGGAAAAUUAUGGAGAAUCAUAAGAAACAUGCAGGGCAAUCGCCAGCCGAAGCUGAUUUGAAUCUAUUGGAAACGGCUCGUCGCUGCGAAUUGUAUGGAAUGAAAAUGCAUGUAGCCAAAGACGUCGAAGGCUCGCCGUUAAAUUUAGCUGUUGCACAUAUGGGAAUAGCCGUAUUUCAGGGAAUAACACGCAUAAAUACAUUCUCAUGGGCGAAAAUCAGGAAAAUAUCUUUCAAGCGGAAACGUUUUUUAAUCAAAUUACACCCCGAAGGCUAUGGAUACUACAAAGACACGGUCGAGUUUUUCUUUGAAGGUCGUAAUGAAUGUAAAAACUUCUGGAAAAAAUGUGUUGAAAACCAUGGUUUCUUCAGAUGCACAUCGGUUCAAAGUGUGCCGAGACGAAAAGCACGCGUUCUGUCUCGUGGUAGCUCAUUUAGGUAUAGCGGUAAAACACAAAAGGAAAUCAUCGAAUUUGUUCGGGAUAAUUACGUGAAAAGACAAACUUUCCAAAGGUCUCAGUCAUUCCGACAAGGUCCACUACAUGCGAGUAGCCGAAGUCAAUCGCAUACAUAUGUGAAUUCCAGCAUUUCAGUCAAUCCCCUCCUACCAAUUGAGACUGCAGCGGACUGGGAUUAUCGCAAUCAAUGCACCGACUCGAUGACGCCUUCUCAGACGAGGAAGGGAGUGGAUUCAUUGGAUCGCCAACAAGACAAUCGUACAGACCCCACGCGAUCUCAUGUCACAGCAGCCCAGGUGGAGAUUUAUCAGACGAAGAACUAUGCUCCGGAAUCGCCAUGCUCGACGGCGGCAGCUCAGCAACACCCAUUGGGAGCGGGAUUGGACCACACGAAUUCGAGCCGCUCUGUAUCCCCCCUAGCUCAGGGCACAUGGAGUUCGCCCAGCCACCCCAGCAGCAACAGCAGUGUGCGAGGUCAAGAUCGGGGUCAUGCGCUUCAAGGAGGUCACAGUUCAGAUUAUCAUGGUAUCAACGGAAAUGUAUCUUUAGAUCGCCGUGGAGAGCUGGUCACAACUCCACCAAAUAGAUAUGAUUUAACUCUGGGUUCUGAUAAGUCAUCAUCACUAUCCCGGUCCGAAGCUGGAACAUACGACAUCACACAGGCUGAAUCACGAAGCAGAAAUAACGAAAAUAUUGCCAACAAUAACAUGGGUCCUGCAACUAAUGGAAAUGGGGUACACCAUGAUGAGGGAGAACCAAAGAAAAUACGAAAAUGGCCAACUGAAAAAUCAUAUUUCCUUGCGAAGGAACUGCUGAUGACCGAGAGAACUUACAAGAAAGAUUUAGACAUUCUCAAUCAAUCCUUCCACGAUCAGCUUACGCCGGAUGAGAUAGAGAGUCUGCAACCCCUAUUUCAGCUGCUCGAAACAAUGAUUCAACAUCAUAAUGUGUUUUUGCGUGAUUUGGAACAUCGACUUUUGCUGUGGGAAGGUCGUGGUACGCAUGAUUCGCAUCGUAUUGGCGACGUGAUGCUACGUAGUAUGGCCGUACUACCAUUAUAUGAAGAAUAUAUAGAAAGUCAUAGGGAGAUAUUGGAGCGACUGAAUGAUAUGUUCGAGAAUGAAAGUCGUUUCCAACAAACCUAUAAAGACUUUGAACAGGAAAAAAUUUGUUAUUUGCCAAUUACAUAUUUGGUCUUGAAACCGUUGCAUAGACUAAUGCACUAUCAAUUGGUGCUAGAAAGGCUUACAGAUUUCUAUUCCGACGAGCACAUCGAUCGUGCCGACUGCCAAGGUGUGCUGCAUAUGCUAAAUCGAAUUACGGACACAGUGCGUAGUGUUCUUCCCGAAUCCGAAAACUACGUUCUUCUAUGCGAACUUCAACGCGACAUUAAUGGUUUUGAUUCACUCAUUCAAUCGAAUCGUCGUCUAAUUAGACAAGGCUGUUUAUUAAAGCAUUCCAAACGCGGACUGCAACAACGAAUGUUCUUCUUAUUUUCUGAUAUUUUACUCUACGGGACCAAGUCGCCAGUGAGUCAAACUUUCCGCGUCUUGGGACAUGUACCCGUUAGAUCUUUGAUCACCGAAAAUGCGGAGCAUAACACUUUCAUCAUUUUUGGAGGACAUAGUGCAAUAACAGUAAGCGCUGGCACGACUGCAGAGAAAACUCUUUGGCUAGCGGAAUUAGCCAAAGCAUCGGCGGAUAUUAAAUCGAAACCACCGACACAACUUACAUUUGGAUCAUUGAAAAAUUGCAGUUCAUCCGAGGAGGGGCUGGAAACGUGCGGUUUAGCACCACCCCCUCCAUUAUCGCAACAACAAGCAAACAACAACUUAACGAAUGGCGGGGCCAAUACGUCGUCAACAAACGAAAUGCCAAUGCCAGGGACAAUAAGCAAAAUGCCCCCGUCCAGAAGCAACACAGCGUUACACGUAUGCUGGCAUCGUGGCGCUACCGUCGGGCUAAGCGACCACCUCGUCGCCGCUGAAAACGAACUCUCUGGCUAUUUACUACGGAAAUUCAAAAACAGUGCCGGAUGGCAGAAGCUUUGGGUUGUUUUCACAUCGUUUUGCUUGUACUUCUAUAAGAGCUAUCAGGACGAUUAUGCUUUAGCCAGUCUACCUUUGUUGGGAUAUUCCGUUGGGCCACCUGGCUAUCAAGAUGCCGUUCAGAAGGAAUUUGUCUUUAAACUUUCGUUUAAAAAUCACGUUUACUUCUUCAGGGCGGAAAGUGAUCACACAUAUAAUAGGUGGCUAGAAGUCUUGCGCAGUACAACUCAGACGCAGGAUUUUAAAAAUAUGAUAUCAUAAAAAGACAAGUUCACGUUCUAUUCACAAACACGAAAGCAAUUUUAAUCACAUUUAGCUAAGAUAUAUAGUUCAUACUUCGUUGGCUUCCUUUGUUCACAAUGCUUCCUUCUUAUUAACGUAAAACGGUGUUUUUGUAAAUAGUUUCUCCAACAACAUUGAAGUUGAGCAUUUAAUAUGAAAACACUUAGUAAAUUUAUUGACCGGUGGGAUGCCGGUAGCGAUACGUCGCUAUUAAUAGUGAUGCUAUUGAUAGUGAUACGAUAUUUAAGUUUCUAGGAUGAAAAUAAAACGAGCUUCUUUGAUAUACAAUUGUUAUAACGGUAACAUAGAUAAUACAAAUUUUAUAAUGAUGGCAAAAAGGCAAACUUGUGUUUAUUUCUUUCAUUUCCUUAUAAUCUAUUCAUGUCUCUACAUGUAUUUAUGAUAGUAUUAUAUUUCCAUAUAAUUUUCGAAAAAUUGUUAAGGGAAAUUUAUUAUAGUAGUGGAAUAACAUAAACAUAUUCUAGCGGAAAUAUAUAAUUUUUAUUAACCAUCAAAAUAUUUUCUG